AUGCUUCGCCGUAAUCUUGUUUCUCUGGCCCCAAAACAUGUGGCGUGCGUUGGACUCCUCACCACUGUGACGAAUGGAUUACGACGCAGAAGCUUAUGUGCUACGGGCCUAAGUGGAAGCUUUCGUUACCACUCCACGUCUUCAAAUAUGACCCCAACUAAUGGCGGUAACAUUCCGCACACAUUGCCGCAUCAGUGUUCAAUCGAACAGGUACUGAUUCCUGAACUAGAACCCGGUGGGAGUGGUAUACGUACUGACACGUUGCGGGGUGUCGUACAGCUGUUGAUUGAUUCCGGCGCCUCUGAUGUUGAGGACGUGUCCAUGCUUGAUUUUGUCGCAAUGGUCCCACGGCGACAACUUACGGCCUUACGCGGCCGCCGCGAAUGGUUGGAUGUCGUUCUUGCCUCGGAACGCUAUCAGGUGUGCAAAGACGCGCGAGCGCUCCGUCUUGCGGGUAUAACGACGGUGGGUCGUUGGGAUGAGAACCGGGAGCGAGUUCCUGUGUCGAUGUAUACCCGGGGCGUUUUAGAAGAAGCGUAUGCCACGAUGGCACGGCAACCUGCUGAGUCACAGAAGGACCAGGUGAUUAUGUGGUUAACAAAAACAAUACAGGCUGCUGUAAUUGAAGAGUUCGUAGCGAAUAAGGGCAACAGGAAAAUACUCGCACCACUUAUCACGGGGAUGCAGGCGGCACUCCCAGGGGCUGUGGCAGCUGCAGCUAGUGAAGCUGCUGGAGAGAAGAGAGAGAACAAAAGCCAAGAAGCGAGUGCGGCGUCAGCAACCGAGGAGGGAGAAGACAAAACUGAUGCCUCUGGUAACAAGUUUAACAAGUCACCGAAGAACAGAGGAAAGAGGCAUGCGAGACAAGUAGAGUUGGCUGCUGGGGAGGGUUUCGGGGAGGGAGAGGAAGAUAAAGUGGCUGCGGCCGCAAGCAAUAGCAAGAAAAAUGAGAAGGCUGCUGAGACUGUACAUACAGAUGAGGAUGCUGAGAUCGCACGCCUCUUGGAGGAGACAGAGCAGGAGUUUGCUCCCGCCCCAUACGUGCGGGGCAAUAGAAACUUGAAUCCGGUAGCGACCCCGGAGAAUGUGAAAGCGGAAGCUUCCGACCCGAAGGCGAUGAGAGUCCGACAUAAGAAGAGGGGCACUGAUGACAGUCCGCAGAAAAAAGGUAGACACCACAAUGCCGAUGUCGAGGAGGAGCAGCGUGGCGAAAAUGCUGCGACCGCAUCCGCAACAACUGUUUCACCGCCCAACAAGAAAGAGAGAGAGUCUUUAGCGCGCCUUACCGCCCUGAUGCUUCACCAGUUUAGCAGUGCAGAUGGCUAUCUGCAUCUACCGGACGUUAGGGAGGACGAGAAGAGAGGCUUCGUCAUACCAAUCGACGACGAGAUUUCCCAGGUGGAUCCGUUCGCCCUUUAUAGUGCCUUCAGUUCGACAAGUUUAUCGCGUAACGAUACGGCGGAGAUUGCCGCAUUGAAGCAGGUGUGGGCUGCGUAUAACAGCUACGCAGAAGCGCGUGAGGCCUCCACAGCCGACGUGGCGUCCGUCCGAUUCUACAAAGAAAAGGGUGUAGAGGCACUAAUACACGCUGCUGUUUUGUUGCGUACCAUUUCGCGUGGGCAUCCCGUUACGGUUGAUGUGCGUGAUGUACCUCCGUUUGGUUUUCCUCUUCUCUCAUCUGAUCGGCGUCCGUACCGGUCCCGGCGUGGUAAAAACGUAACUGACAUGACGGCGGAAAAGGUUGAUGAAGCCGUUAAGGCGUUUACAGCAUUCUUCGCGAAUAAAAAGUGUCGUUUCACGCCCAUUCGGCCGGCAAUUGACUUCAACUCGGGGUGUAGUGUCGUCGCAUUGAUGGGAACCACGCUGCACUUAUACGAAACAUCUCUCAAGAGUUCUGUUCGUGAAGAAGACAUUCGUUGUCGUUUUGCUGAGGCGAUGCUUGGGGUGCUUCACGUGCUUGAUCAGCAGAUUCUAACCCGUGUAAACGUCGUGCAUUACCACAUUUUGGCCACUUCCAUUAGCGGCGGCAGUGGAACCAACAGAGCAACUGCCAUGAGUAACGCAAACACAUCCAUUGUUAGUAUUGACACCGAAGGGCCUUUCUCAGUGGCAGAGAAAAAGCGUCUUUAUCAGCUUGCUGAACCGCUAGGACUUGCGAAUGCAAUAGCUCAGUGCGAGAGUGUCUCUAGUCUUGUGGAAGCCAUAGAGGAGUUUGAUGUUUCUGUGGUUCACGACAUUCUGACCAACCGUGACGACCUCGAGGCACUGCUUACGCCAACGCUUGUACAGUUACUCCCAGAGGCUGACGAUGAUGAUGAUUUUGACGAAAUGGAGGAGAUAGCGGCACCCGCACGACGGGGUAUUGCUUCAAGGGAUUCGUCAACAAAACAUGGUAGUUCCCAAAUUCCCCAGACGGUGGGCAAUACGCUUCAGGGAACCGAAAUGGAAGGUGAAGAAACAAAGGUUGUGGUUAAAUCAGGAAGGGGUGGAAAGUCGAGGUCACCGCCCUCCAGGAGUACCGCCAUGAAAGAGGAAGAAGUGGAAGAGGAGGAGGAGGAGGAGGAGGAGGAGGUCGAGAUGGCGGAUGGAGAAGCGGUUGAUGAGGAAGAGGUAAAGUACGAAGAAGUCGAGGAGGAGCAGGUGAACGAGCAAGCAGAGUUCCACGAAGCGAAAAAGAGGCCACAACAACCUCUGUUUGCGAGUGCAAAUGGAAAAAGAGGAGGCCCGCCACCAACGCGUGGGCGGGAGCAACGGGAUCGACUUCAAGCUAUGGAGAGGGGUGGUGACGGUGUUGAAGGAGCUCCUCGUCGCCCUUCAUCUCAACCCGAUCGAAAGUUUGUACCUGACUCGUUCCGGAGCGUACCUUCAAGUGAGAUACCACCAGCCCCAGUUCCACGAAGGGGUUACAUCACCCGCAGACCUGCGCCCCCCGUCAUGAAUCAUGAGGUGGAUGAAAUAGAAGAAGAGGAAGAGGAAGCGGUUAGGCGGCCGAUAAGAAGGACUCCACCCACUAGACGCCCCCCAUCACCAUCGUUCCAAUCGUCACCUCAACCAUCGCCCUCGCGUCUACAAGGAGACGCGGCUGUUAGGGAAGUGAGCUACGACGAUGAAGAGGCGGAGGCCGAAUUGACUACUCGUCCAAGAGUCCGAAGUACUUCCGGGGUAAGACGUGUAGGCCGUGUUGCAAUUUCCAACAGUUCGGAUAUCAUAGGAGAUGAAGAUCGCUGGUUCGAGAGAGUACGGCGUUAA